AUGGAGCGCAAGGCGCGGGAGCUGAUGGAGGACGCCUGCUCCGAGCUCACCCGGGAGGUGGAGGAGGACCAGGCCGAGGUGGAGCUGCUCCGCCGGGAGUGCCUGCGCAUGCGGGAGGAGAUGGAGGAGGAGCGACGGAUGCUGCAAAUGGCCGAGGUGUGUGCGGGAGGCGCGACUCAUCAGCGCCGCCGCCGCCGCCGCCACGAGCUCCUCUGUGGUGAGGUCGAGGCAGAGCGGGGACAACCACCACCACCAUCAUCAUGCGGUGGACUCGGUGGAUGCGGACUCGGUGCUGGACCACUUCUGACGCAAGGAAAGGGAAAGGCACCAUCAUGCCGCUGCGGAAAGGGAAAGGGACGGCGACGGGCACAUUACAGCAGCAGCCCGGCGAGCCCCGCGUCGUCCAAAUCCAACGAGGGGUCUUUUAGUCUUUAUAAAGAUUACAUGUCAUGUUUAAUCACCUAA